UGAAGGAAGCCUAAUCAGACAGGUUAAGAAAGGGAUUCGGGACGGAGGGGUUUCUGCGGUUGCCGGCGACAGUCGUGGCUCUGCGGCGCUGAGGAAGGGAAGACUGGCCCUGCGGGGAAGAGCCAGCACCCAGGCAAAGGCAAAGCGGCGGGCACGCCUAUCUCUCCGCCCGCCUGCUUUGGGGGAGCGGCUCCAGCGGCUGCGGGAGGGGACGAGAGAACAGCCGCCGCCGCCUCCUUCUCCAGCGAAGCUGAACCAGGAGGUUCCGGAGCAAGAGUGCUUGGCGUAACGCCCACUGCUGAGAUACCUGAAGAACUUUACUGAAAUAAUGGGGUCUCCAGGAAAGCAUUUGAAUCUUUUCUGUGUGAAAACAGCUUCCUCGUGUUCCAUCUCAUGUUAUCACUGAACUCUCAUCUGAAGGACUUCCUCAAACCACAGAAGCUUGUGUGAAUUUCAGCAAACUCAGUUCUCACUAAGUGAAGUGGAUGCAUGUUUCUGUAAACUGCAUUCGCAUCAGGAAAAAGAGGUCCUUUGUAUUGCAUGGUCACAAGUCUCAUCUUGAUGUGGGCAGCUGUUUUUGGUGUUUUUUGUACAAAUCAUCUGAAUGCAUUUUGGAAUGACUGGAAUCUAGUGAAGCACAAGAACAUGUGGGGAUAUUGCAUGUUAGCAUCUCAGCAUCUCCCUCGCCUCAGAUGUGUUAUCUGCAGACCUUGAACUACGAAUUUGGUCAUGGCAUUGAGCAACCUUUUACAUCAUAUACAAAAUAUUAUUGAGCCCUGGCAUCAAACGUAGUUUUAUCUUUGAAUUGGAUGGGCUGUCAUGUGUCACAUGCUGUCAAGCCUUCGGUGGCAAAGGUGGCCCUUGUUUCGAGAGAUGUUAAUGUCUUUGCACAUGUGGGGAUGAAGAGUCCAGUUACAGCAUUGCCCUGUGACGGGGUUCCAUGCAGUAUGUGCGUCGGUGUGGAUUUAAGGACCUCUCUUAAAAUGAAACUUUAAGAUUCCUUGUGGCUUCUGACGUGUCCCAAAGGAAGUCCAUACGAUGGCUCAGACCAGUUUGCUGCAGGGGAAACAGUUUUAUUGUCGAGAGUGGGUUUUUCACAAGCUCCAGCACUGCCUCCAAGAGAAGACAAGCUGCAGCAACAACUCUGCUAGCAAACCAUCUGUUGUGCUCAAUUCCGGCACCAAUGCUUGUGUCGUCCCUGGAAAGGGUACCUCCUGGGGCGUGUUGUUGGUAGGAGGGCCUGGAAGUGGGAAGACAGCCCUCUGGACUGAGUUGCUGUGGCCAAGCUCGCCUGCCAGUCUACAGAGAGGUUUACAUCAUCAUGCCCUGGCCUUCCACUUUUGCCGGGCUCAGGAUUCGGACACGCUCUGCAUUGGAGGGUUUAUCCGAGGGUUAGUGGCCCAGAUUGGGCACAGUGGGCUGAUUCCAGGUUAUGAGGACAAACUGAGAGACCCUGCUAUUCAAAGUCUCUUGCAGCCUGGAGAGUGUGAGAGGAACCCUGCUGAAGCAUUUAAAAGGUGCAUUCUGCUUCCCCUUCUGGGUGCCAAGCCUCCCCCGCACAGUCUCUUCCUCCUCAUAGAUUCAGUGGACGAGGGCUGUAAUAUCGCAGAAGGUGACCAGACAUCUGCAAAUCUGUCUGGAACCAUAGCUGAGCUUCUAGCUAGUCACUAUGAGUUUUUUCCUCCAUGGCUGCUGCUUCUGUGUUCUGCCCGGAAACAGAGCAAAGCUGUUACAAAAAUGUUUACUGGCUUUCGGAAAAUAAGCCUGGAUGAUCUCCGAAAGGCAUACAUUGUGAAAGAUGUUCAACAGUAUAUACUUCAUCGAUUAGAUCAAGAAGAAGCCCUGCGACAACAUCUCACAAAAGAAACCGCAGAAAUGUUGAAUCAACUUCACAUUAAAAGCAGUGGAUGUUUUCUGUACCUAGAACGUGUCCUAGAUGGAGUAGUAGAAAACUUCAUUAUGUUAAGAGAAAUCCGUGAUAUUCCUGGAACACUCAAUGGCCUUUAUCUUUGGCUUUGUCAAAGGCUUUUUGUGAGAAAACAGUUUGCAAAGGUCCAGCCUAUUCUGAAUGUAAUUCUGGCUGCUUGUAGACCCUUGACUAUCACAGAGUUGUUUCAUGCAGUAUGGACCAAAAAUAUGGCAUUGUCUAUGGAAGACUUCCAGCGGAAACUAGAUGUUUUGUCAAAGGUUCUUGUUGAUGGACUUGGAAACACAAAGAUUCUUUUCCAUUACAGUUUUGCAGAAUGGUUGCUGGAUGUAAAGCACUGUACUCAAAAGUAUUUGUGUAAUUCAGCAGAGGGACACAGAAUGCUAGCAAUGAGUUACACUUGUAGAGCAAAGGAUUUAUCUCCCCUGGAGGCUCAAGAAUUUGCUUUGCAUUUAAUUAAUUCAAACUUGCAAUUGGAAACCUCUGAGUUGGCUGUGUGGAUGAUCUGGAAUGGUACCCCUGUCAAAGAUUCUCUGUCAACAUUAAUCCCAAAAGAACAGGAAGUUUUACAGUUGCUCGUAAAAGCUGGUGCUCAUGUCAACAGUGGAGAUGAUCGGACAUCUUGCAUAGUACGGCAGGCUUUGGAAAGAGAAGAUUCCAUUCGAACCUUGCUAGAUAAUGGAGCUUCAGUAAACCAGUGUGAUUCAAAUGGGAGAACUCUGUUGGCUAACGCUGCAUAUAGUGGCAAUCUCGAUGUCGUCAAUUUGCUUGUUUCCAGAGGAGCAGAUUUAGAGGUUGAAGAUACACAUGGCCAGACAGCACUUACUUUAGCUGCUCGGCAGGGGCAUACCAAGGUUGUCAAUUGUUUGAUUGGGUGCGGUGCUAAUAUAAAUCACACAGAUCAUGAUGGUUGGACUGCAUUGAGAUCUGCAGCUUGGGGUGGGCACACUGAGGUGGUUUCUGCACUCCUUUAUGCUGGAGUGAAAGUAGACUGUGCAGAUGCAGAUAGUCGGACAGCCUUGAGAGCAGCAGCCUGGGGAGGACACGAAGAUAUUGUACUGAAUCUGUUGCAACAUGGCGCUGAGGUCAACAAAGCAGAUAAUGAAGGCAGAACUGCUUUAAUUGCUGCAGCGUACAUGGGACAUAAAGAGAUUGUGGAGCAUCUGCUGGACCAUGGUGCAGAAGUAAACCAUGAAGAUGUGGAUGGAAGGACAGCUCUAUCUGUUGCCGCUCUUUGUGUACCUGCUAGUAAAGGACAUGCUUCAGUUGUGAGCCUUUUAAUUGAUCGGGGUGCUGAGGUGGACCAUUGUGACAAAGAUGGCAUGACUCCAUUGCUGGUCGCUGCCUACGAAGGGCAUGUAGAUGUUGUUGACUUACUUCUGGAAGGUGGAGCGGAUGUGGAUCAUACUGAUAACAAUGGUCGCACACCACUUCUUGCUGCAGCUUCAAUGGGUCAUGCUUCAGUUGUAAAUACUCUGCUGUUUUGGGGGGCAGCUGUGGAUAGCAUUGAUAGUGAAGGACGAACUGUUCUUAGCAUAGCCUCUGCACAAGGUAAUGUUGAAGUAGUACGGACUCUGCUGGAUAGAGGAUUAGAUGAAAAUCAUAGAGAUGAUGCAGGAUGGACGCCUUUGCACAUGGCAGCUUUUGAAGGACACAGAUUAAUAUGUGAAGCGCUUAUAGAACAAGGUGCUCGAACAAAUGAAAUUGAUAAUGAUGGGCGGAUAGCUUUCAUAUUGGCAGCUCAAGAAGGUCACUAUGAUUGCGUGCAGACCUUACUGGAAAAUAAAUCUAACAUUGAUCACAGAGGGUAUGAUGGGAGAAAUGCUCUUCGGGUUGCUGCUUUAGAAAGUCACAGAGAUAUAGUUGAGCUGCUCUUCAGUCAUGGAGCUGAUGUGAACUACAAAGAUGCCGAUGGCCGGCCAACACUUUACAUUUUGGCUUUAGAAAACCAGCUCACAAUGGCUGAAUAUUUUUUAGAAAAUGGUGCAAAUGUAGAAGCGAGUGAUGCUGAAGGAAGGACGGCACUUCAUGUUUCCUGCUGGCAGGGCCAUGUAGAGAUGGUACAGAUGUUGAUAACGUACCAUGCUGAUGUGAAUGCAGCAGACAACGAGAAGCGCUCAGCUUUACAGUCUGCUGCAUGGCAAGGCCACGUCAAGGUAGUUCAGCUUUUGAUUGAGCAUGGAGCUUUAGUUGAUCAUACGUGUAAUCAAGGUGCUACUGCACUCUGCAUUGCAGCCCAAGAAGGGCACAUUGACGUUGUGCAGCUAUUACUGGAACAUGGUGCUGAUCCAAAUCACGCAGAUCAAUUUGGGCGCACAGCUAUGCGUGUGGCUGCAAAAAAUGGGCACACGCAGAUCAUUAAGUUAUUGGAAAAAUAUGGUGCUUCUACUUUAAAUGGCUGCACUCCUUCUCCAGUCCAUACAAUGGAGCAAAAACCUUUGCAAUCAGUAUCUUCAAAAAUGCAAUCCUUAACAAUAAAAUCAAAUAGUUCAGGGAGCACUGGGGGAGGAGAUAUGCAGCCUGCUUUGCGUGGCUUGUCAAAUGGGCCAGGGCAUGCUUUUAGUUCUCCUUCUGAAUCUCCCGAUUCAACAGUGGAUCGGCAGAAGUCUUCUCUAUCCAAUAAUUCCCUCAAAAGCUCAAAAAACUCUUCUCUUCGCACCACCUCAUCUACAGCAACUGCCCAGACGGUACCUAUUGAUAGUUUCCAUAGUCUGUCCUUUACAGAACAAAUACAGCAGCAUUCAUUGCCUCGCAGUAGAAGUAGGCAGUCCAUUGUUUCACCUUCUUCCACUACCCAUUCCUUAAGUCAGAAUCAUAGUUCACCAAAUAGUGAAUUUGAGUGGAGCCAAGUGAAACCCAGCUUGAAAUCAACAAAAGCAAACAAAACAGGGAAAACAGAAAACUCUAGCAAAUCUGGGUCUGCAGGAAGAAAAGUGAAACAGACUAUAGCUUCUCAACCAAAAGUCCUAGAAUAUGAAAUGACUCAGUUUGAUAGACGGAUACCUGUUGCCAAAUGUGGAGCCAGUGUGCCACUUAAAUCAAUGCCUACAGACAGUCAGUGCAAAAUUUUGGUCCCGCCCGUUCAGCAAGAAAUCUGCCGAUCACAACAGCAGUUCUUGAUCCAUCAACAAAGUGGGGAACAGAAAAAGAGAAAUGGAAUAAUGACAAACCCAAAUUACCAUCUUCAGAGCAAUCAGGUGUUUCUUGGCAGAGUUUCUGUCCCACGUACAGUACAGGACCGGGGACACCAGGAGGUUUUGGAAGGCUACCCUUCUGCAGAGACAGAACUAAGCCUCAAACAAGCCUUAAAACUCCAACUAGAGGGGAAUGACCCAAGCUUCAAUUAUAAGAAGGAAACACCAUUAUAAAAGGACAGUUCCAUAACGUCAUGAAUCGAAUGAAGAGCUUCUGCCUGCAUUGAUUUGUUAACUGGGCUGGGAUUAAAGCAUGUCAUGCUUGUAGAACCACCUUGAAAAUUACGAAUGUGAUCGCUGCAGUACAGUUACUUUGAUUACUGUAAUUUGCCUCAAAGUUUAAGGCUGCCUUCUUCAUGUAACCUCCUGUGAUUUGGAAAUAUUUUUGUUGUGUAUUCAGUACCUACUACAAAGAAUAAGCACUUUUUUUCUUUCUUAGUAGCAGAACAAUAUAUGCUGUACUUCUCUGACACAGCUGAUAAAAAUUGUAAGUGCUAGGAAUUUUGAAUUUCCUGUUCAAGAAGGCUCGAUCAGUGUACACAUGCCACAGUGGACUGUAUAUUGAAAAGCAAUGCUUUCUGUAUUUAUUUUGUAUUCAUGUGGCAAAAGAAAAUCAGAAGUAUCAAAAGAUGAUUGGUUUCCUGUGUCACCUUAAAGACUAACCACUUUUAAUAACAGACAUUGUUAAAGACCCGUUGCACCAAAGCCAACUGUUCCACUCACUUACUUCUGUUCUGCAUCAGCAGGGUUGUGGCCUAAGUCUGAAGUGGUUAUAUUUCAAGGUUCCACAGGACUUUCAAUUUUUUGAUGCAGCACACUAGGGAAAGGCUCACAUGGUCCACGCAAAGGCUGUCAAGAAUCCCCAGAAAAGCAGUGCCAACCCAGCAGCAGUGAAUGCAAUUUUGGCUGGCCAAAAGCUACUUCUGCAGUCCAAGACAAAUGCCAGAUUAUGUAGCACAGGAGGAGUUGAUUCACACAUUGUUCUCCAUGUGAUAACGCACAUACACACAACACCUGAUUCUGAUUUUGAACAUGUGAAUUGAGUGUCAGAGGGUUGUUCCCUGCACCUGCGUUGCCAUCAUGCAUAAUCCGUGUCCUCUGUAGUUCAAAAUGUUCUGUCAGGCAAAUCUUGUGACAGUGUAAGAUAAAGUGUUUUGUUUAUGUCUGGUCAGUAGUGGAGGGAAGAUUAUGGUACAGUUCACCACACCUACCAUUGUAAAAGUGGAUCCAUAAGGCAGCAAUGUUUAGAUCUCAGGACCAGUUCUCAAAUUGCCCACUUAAUGAGAUUGAUUUGAAUUCUGCCUAUAUUACCAGGCAAGCACUCAAAUACCUGUUCAAGCAUUCUUCAAUCAGCAUCUUAUCUAGCUCCAGGUUUGUUGACAAAGGACACCUAUCCCAGUGCCAAACCCACAUGAUUUGCUUGCAGAGGGUUUCAUGUUCAUUCUCUAUCAUACCAGUUGCAGUCCUAUGCACAUCUUCCUGUCAGUAAGCCCCACUAAAUAAAAUCAGGCUUGCUUCUGAGCAGAGCUGAUUAGGAUUGCUUCAUUUUAAUUAUUUGCCUAACACAGGGAUACUCAGUCAGUGGCUCAGGAGCCACAUAUUGAUAUUCUAAGCAUUGUUGCUGAAUGUGGCAUAUUCCUCAUGGUUUUUAUGAAAGUGGUCAAGGUUAUUACCCAGUAGGUUAUGGUUGGCAAGUGCCUUCCAUUUUGAAAAAACCACUGCUGGAGGAACAUGUAAGCUAUGAGCUUCCCCGAGGUUCAUGCCUCAUGCCAGGAAUAGAAGUAAAUGUGGCUCGUUGGGUUGAUAGUAAUGGCCAAUAUGGCCCUCCAUGGGCCACAAGAGUGAGCAUCAGUGACCCAACAAGGCUGGGAAAGUCAUUCUCUUGAAGCUCUUAUCAGCUUUGCCUGUCGGAAUGCUAGUCUCAAGGGACCUGUGAUCUGACUCCAUGUAAAUCAGAUUCAUGUGCUCUUUCAAAAUAUUGUAAAAUUGGGUUUUACUUAGCCUCAGUUGCUUCUGUAUCAUCAGAUGUAAAUAAAACAUUUUCUGUAGCUGGAGGUUAAUAAAAGUAUAUAGAAAAAAGUGUCCAUAUAUGUAUAUGGUGGGAGUCACCUGGGAAAGAAUGCAGUUUGAUCUCCCAGUGUGUCCCCAAGCACAACCCCUUAAUGGUUCCUAUAUAAGUGAAGGGUUGCCAUUUGUUCCAGACGUGAAAGGGGGGAGUGUCCUUCAGGAUGCUGCUGAUUGAUUUGAAACUGGUUUUUGCUCCAACACUGGAUGGCCUGCCUUCACUGAGAGUGCGCACAAAGUCACAUUUAAAGCCUUUCAGUAUCCUUAAGGAAUACCACAUAUGCCAUUGGGGUUCCUGACAUAUGCCAUAUCUCCCUUGCUUACCAUAACAGCAGACAUAUUGCUAUUUACUGGUAAUUCUAACGUGAAUUGGAACUUUGUAUCUUUCAGAAGAAUUAUAAAAUAAAUACUUGGAUAUUCUUGCAGAUAGUUUCCAUAAUGAUAUUAAUGGCUUCAGUAAGGGUGCUAAAAUGUUACUGCCAGCUUGCUCUGAACCUCAUGUACUGGGCGUAUGCAACACCACGUAAGAAUAAAGGUUGUCUUCUUAAUAGGCAUACAUUAUGAUUUGUAGAAAGAUACCCCAAAGGAUUGUCUUCCUCCUGGAUAAGCUGUUCCUGCAAUUGCGUUUAUUUAAUUGUAUUGCUUUAUUAUAUUGUGUACCAGAUCAACAGAGGAUAAAGCUUCUGGCCAUUUUUCAUAAGGAGGCUAUAUGUUGCUGAAUAAUACUGAAAUUAAAAUGAGCUGAUGGGGUUAAACAUCCCAACGCACAGAACAGCUAAGUAAAGGUCUAGCUGACACCUUCCAAAAUCAAAAUUAAACGUUGCUGCACAUUUUCAGAGAUGCUUUGGAAAAUAGCAUGCUUUUUUUCUCUCUGUUAAAAGUAUCCCUUUGACAAGAGUGUGAGAUUGUUCCGCAUUGCUUUAGUCUUUGCUUUUUAAUAUAUUGCCACUCCCAGAAAGUAAUUAUUUUGAAAUUAUGACAGUUCUGGGUUGUUGUUCUUAUUGUGACUUGUUGGGUACAUUUCAGUUCUGCUAAACUGUGACUUGGCAGGACUGAUCAACUGUGAUUGAAUUGGAGACCAUCCACCUUCACCAUUCCAUGACUCUCUGUAUGUCUUGUCCUCUUUUACCUUCAUCUUAUCUCUAUCUUCUCCAAAGCCAUCACAUUAGGAAAGUACGGAAGGGGUCCUGAUUUAUGACUGGGAGUGUUCAUAUCUGUACCAUGUGCAUGCCAAGGAAGCUGCCUUAAACAGGAAGUAAAUGGCAAAUUUUUUCUGUCCAAAUGUUAUGGUAUAGUUAUCCCCUUCAGCCCUUGUCAAGGUCAGUAUUGGAAAAAUGGCUUUGAUUUAUUUACCACACAGUUUUCUCUUGUCAGUUAACGCUGCUAUGCAAAUGUCUGUUGAUGCCUGACAUCCUCCAUUGGAACUCUUCAAAUACCAUGGUGCACAGAUAAGACUGUUUUUGUUUUCAUGAACUGGGUGUAAAUAGCCUAUAAUGUACAUUGAAUUUCACAUUGUAAAAUUUUUAUUUUAUUUCUUGUAUUAUAUUAAGCAAAAAAUCCCUAUGUAUAUGAAAGUGCAUAAUAAAUAUAUUUGCUUUUCAGCA